AUGCGUUCUUCUAUCGUGUCUCUGCUUGCCUUGGGCGGCAGCUUAUUCCAACCCUUCUCGUCAGCUACUCCGCUGAAGGUACAAAAUGAGAUCCGAGCCGAUAGCUGGCCAUUUGGUCCGCUAGUAACGUCCGGCCGCGACAUUAAAAAUACGCAAGGGGGAAAUGUCGUCUACGCCGGCGCCAAUUGGCCAGGUCACGGCGAAGUGAUGAUCCCGGACGGACUGCAGCACCAAUCCAUCGAGACCGUCGUUUCGAAGAUUAAGAGUGCCGGCAUGAACGCUAUUCGUCUGACGUACGCCAUCCAGAUGAUAGACGAAAUCUACGCCAACGAUGGCAAGGAUACGACAGUGAAGGCAUCGUUCACUACCGCACUUGGCUCGACGAACGGACCUGCAGUGUAUGCCCAGUUCCUCGAGAAGAACCCUUCUUUCGACGACACCACCACCCGUCUACAAGUCUUCGAUGCCGUCGCGGCGGAAUGUCUUAAGCAGAAGAUCUUCGUUCACUUGGACAACCACAUGUCCAAAGCUGCAUGGUGCUGCUCAACGGGAGAUGGUAAUUCUUGGUUCGGGGAUACCUACUAUAACGUAGACAAUUGGGUCCGGGGUCUCUCGUACAUGGCAAACCACGGGAAAAACUGGCCGGCGCUGACUUCCAUGUCUCUGCGCAACGAGCUCCGUUCGCCGGACGACAACGCGACGCUUAAGAGCCAAUCCUAUAACUGGCGCGAUUGGUAUAUCAACAUCAAGAAGGGCACGAGCGCGAUCAACUCGGCCAACCCCGGUUUGCUCAUCUUCCUCUCGGGCUUGGACUUCGACACGUACGUGACGCCGAUAGUUCAGGGUACGUCGUUGACGCCGUCGAGCGACAAGUUCAGCGCGACCGACUUCGGGGGCUACAGGGACAAGCUCGUGCUGGAAAUCCACAACUACCAGAACAGCGCGUCAAAUUGUAACAGCCUCCAAAGCUCGUUGUACAACAGCGGGUUCCAGGCGCAAAACGCGAGCGACCCGAAGACGGUUAACGUAUUCCCCGUCAUGCUGACAGAGUUCGGAUUCGACAUGAGGGGCACCACGUAUCAAGGGACGUACGCUACUUGCAUCGCGAGCUAUCUCAAAGCGCAGAAGGCGGGUUGGUUCAUUUGGGUCAUCGCCGGUAGCUAUUACAUCCGCUCUGGCACGCAGGACUUCGAAGAGACCUGGGGACUUUUGACGCAUGACUGGUCGGAUUGGAGGUCGUCGGCAUAUGUCUCGAGUGGACUGAAGCCUCUUGCCGAAGCUACCGCGCAAGGAUGA